UCUUGUGUGUGGAGGUGCAGCAGCCUGCUGGAUGCACAGAGCUGUGUGAUCACUGGCCCCUCCUGUACAAAGAGCAGCAAGGGAAUUCCACAGUGCUGAGCUCCAGGAGUGACAUCAGCUGAGGAGAUCAUCUUGUGGGAUCUGUGUUACAUGGGCACUCAGCAGCUGGUGAUCUGUGACCAUCACAUGCCUGUUUAUUCAUCACAGCAAGGAGAUUGGAGCAGCUGAUGGCAGGGGCUCUGGCUGGAGGUGGCACUUGGUGACAGGGGUGUCACACAGGUUGGCAGGGGCUGGGACUAACCUGGUGUCACAGUGCUGUACAUCCGAUCUGCUGGGCAUGGUGCCUCCACACAUAGCAGGGAAUCAGACUGACUGAGGUUGGCUGUGAGUCUGGAGGAGAAUAUGUGGCUUCAUGUGACAGAGCAGCGUGAUCGCAUAGCAGAGUGGAACUACUACUGUGGUGUCGCUGAGGAUAUGUCCUGUCUACUCGAGCUCUGCCCCUAACAUCUCCAAGUGACAGAUACACCCCCUGGCAUCCUGCACACAGACCUUUAUUCCUCUAUAGAUGUCUUGUGCCAAGUUGUGAUCUGAUCUGACAGUCGUCAAGUCUGAAAACGGAAAGCGCUGCCACCUUGUCCCCAGGUCUGCUCUGUGCAUGCACCCGGAGCGCCUCGCUCUGCCCUCUGUGCCCACGCCGGUGAUGCCAUGCCCCGCAACCAUAGUGGAGGCGACGAGGGAGGCUCCGGGCUCUGGAUGAAAAGCAGCUCCAGAGGGAGAGGCAGAGGCAGGGACCGCUACUACGGCAUGAAGGAUGUGGAGUCGGGUCGGAGUAGUAGGGUGCUGCUGAACUCCAGUAGAGGGGACGGACUGCUUCUCCUGGGCACAAGUGACACUGGCAGAGGCGGCGGUGCGGGGCCGGGAGGGGGCUUGCCGGACAGCCGCAGGGGGAAACAGGGCGCUCGCAUGAGCUUAUUGGGGAAGCCGCUGUCUUAUAACAGCAGCCAAAGCUGCCGGAGAAACGUCAAGUACCGAAAACUGCAGAACUAUCUGUACAACGUGCUGGAGAGACCCCGGGGCUGGGCAUUCGUCUACCACGUCUUCGUCUUUCUUCUUGUCUUCAGCUGCUUAAUUUUGUCAGUGUUUUCCACUAUCCCUGAACAUCAAGAGCAAGCGUCAUAUUGCCUCUUUGUCCUGGAAUUUGUGAUGAUUGUUGUGUUCGGUUUGGAAUACAUUAUUCGUAUAUGGUCUGCCGGUUGCUGCUGUCGCUAUCGAGGAUGGCAGGGAAGGUUAAGAUAUGCCCGGAAACCAUUUUGUGUAAUAGAUAUCAUAGUCCUUAUUGCUUCUGUGGCAGUUGUGUCUGCUGGAUCUCAGGGAAAUAUUUUUGCUACAUCAGCACUCCGAAGUCUUCGAUUUCUACAAAUUCUACGUAUGGUGCGAAUGGAUCGGAGAGGGGGGACUUGGAAAUUACUAGGUUCUGUUGUUUAUGCACAUAGCAAGGAACUCAUCACAGCUUGGUAUAUAGGAUUUUUAGUGCUCAUCUUUUCAUCGUUCCUUGUGUAUCUGGUGGAGAAAGAAGCUAACACACAAUUUCAAACAUAUGCAGAUGCUUUAUGGUGGGGUACGAUCACAUUGACAACCAUUGGCUACGGUGACAAAACUCCUCAUACAUGGCUUGGGAGACUUCUUUCAGCUGGUUUUGCUCUGCUUGGUAUUUCCUUCUUUGCAUUACCUGCAGGAAUUCUCGGUUCAGGAUUUGCCUUAAAAGUUCAGGAACAGCAUCGACAGAAGCACUUUGAAAAACGAAGAAAUCCUGCAGCUAGUUUAAUUCAGUGUGUAUGGCGUAGUUAUGCGGCUGAUGAGAAAUCGGUUUCCAUUGCUACCUGGAAGCCUCAUUUGAAGGCCUUGCAUACCUGCAGCCCUACAAAGAAAGAACAAGGAGAGACAUCUGGAAGUAAGCUUUGUAGUAAUAAACAGAAGCUCUUCAGGAUAUACAGCUUUCGGAACCCUAGGUUCCAUGACAAAAGCUGUCCAGGAUCUGAACAUGCAGGCAGGCUGCAGGAGAGGCCUGUGGGAAUACACCUAUGGAUCUCUGGAUCAGUGGGAACCAUCCAGAAAUUGAGCUUCAAGGAGAGAGUACGCAUGGCAAGCCCAAGAGGUCAAAGUAUUAAGGGCAGACAAACAUCAGUUGGAGAUCGACGUUCCCCUAGUACUGAUGUGACCUCAGAAGCAAGCCCUACAAAAGUACAGAAGAGCUGGAGCUUCAAUGACAGAACAAGAUUCAGACCUUCUCUCAGAUUGAAGAGUUCACAGCCCAAACCAGUGACUGAUCCCGAUGUCAACCUUGGAACAGAGGAAGUACAUGAUGACAAAGUGUGUCACUGCGAUGUAUCAGUGGAAGAUCUAACCCCAGCUCUUAAAACGGUCAUCCGAGCUAUCAGAAUCAUGAAGUUCCAUGUAGCAAAGAGGAAGUUUAAGGAAACUUUGCGCCCAUAUGAUGUGAAAGAUGUGAUUGAGCAAUAUUCUGCUGGCCAUUUGGAUAUGUUAUGCAGGAUAAAGAGCCUCCAAACACGGGUUGAUCAGAUUCUUGGAAAAGGACAAAUAACAACAGAUAAAAAAAGUCGAGAAAAAAAUGUACAGGAAAUUGAAGCAGGAGAUGACCUCAGCAUGUUAGGCCGAGUAGUUAAAGUGGAGAAGCAGGUACAGUCGAUUGAGUCAAAAUUAGACAGCCUACUUGAUAUUUACCAACAGGUCUUAAAGAAAGGAUCUGCCUCAGCACUGACACUGGCAUCCUUUCAGAUGCCCCUAUUUGAAUGUGAACAAACUUCAGAUUAUCAAAGUCCAAUAGACAGCAAAGAUCUGUCAAAUUCUGCACAGAACAGUGGAUACAUAACCAGAUCAGCUAGUGCCAACAUCCCUCGGGGGUUACAGUUUGUACUCACACCAAAUGAAUUUAAUGCACCUGCUUAUUAUAGAUUUAGUCCUACCUUGGACAGCCAAGCAACGCAGUUGUCAGCAAACGUAACUGUUCCUGGACCUGUAAGUGAACCUGUAACUGUGGUAACAAACAAUAUAUCAAACCAAAUAAGCCAGGCCUCAAAGCCAACAGCACCAACAACACUACAGAUACCAGCUGUAUCUCCAUUGAAACAUAUCAACAAACCAGAACGAAUUCAUAUUAUUCCUAUGACUACAAAAGAGGAUGUUUGUGAUGUUACCUCCUGCCUUGUUGCCUCACAAGAAAGCGUACAGCCUGCACAACCCAGUUUAACUAAAAAUUUUAUAAGGCGGAAAAGCCUUGAAACAAAUAGUGGGGUAUUGUCUUCAGUUCCUUUUACACACAAGGAUUUUGGCAAAUCAAUUUCUGUGCAAAAUCUGAUUCAAUCCACAGAAGAACUAAAUGAACAGCUAUCAUGCAGUGACUCAAGUGUCUCAAGAGGCAGCCAGGAAACAUACCAACAAUGGAGGGAGUCAAAACUUUUUAUUGCAGAUGAAGAGUUGGAGACAGAGACUGAAACAUUUGACGCUGCCUCUGAGCCAACAGUGCAAACUACAUUGUUAUCUGACUCUUUGAGAACUGGAAUAGCAAGAUCAUCUCAAAGCAUUAGCAAAACUAGGGAUGGUACACAAACCCUUAGCCCUCCACAUGUCAAACACAAAUAACGUUUUUAUAGAGUUUACAGUUCCUUUAGUCAUUCAUAUCACCGCAUGAUCUGUUUGGAGCGCGUUUACAAUUAGCAGUGCAAGAAUCGGAAAAAGAACCUGAAAGGAAGUUCUAUGAGCCAAUCUCUCCUGGUUGCAUGAAAAUGCAUGUUUUACAUAAAGGCUAGAAAUGUAAUGAAGAUAUGUAUGUAUCUUUAACCCUAUAAACUAUUGAAUACUGUAUACAGUGGUUGGUUUAAAUGCCCACUCACCUAUAAAGUCAAUGACACCAAAUGUUUUAAUGUGAUUUAAAAGUAAUAUUUUGGGAGCCCUACAUUUUUAUGGUACUGUUCACAAAUUGCAUAAUCUAAAGCACUUUGAAUCUAGAUGGAAAAACUAUUUUAUCUGUCCAAAACUAGAAAUAUAUGGUCGUGUUUACAAGAAAAGGAUGUUACAGCUGCUAGCAUUUUACCAAGGAAAACAGUAACAUUGGACCUUAACCGCUGCUAGUUGUGACAAGAUGACACAUACACAUUCAUUCAUUUCAGUCAUUUAAUGCACAUAUAACAAGAAUGUUCAUUUCUGUAUAUUUUGGGGUGAAAUAGUGUUGUGACAAGCAUACAGUUGGCACAUCACGUUCAGGUUCUUCUUGUCAUAGGAACAUUCUUUUGCUACGAAGAUUUAUAAUACAUGAAACAAAUCACUGCAGUCUUAACCAUACUAAAUGCUGUAAAAACUCUUUCAUGAAGGACGUGACCUGUUUACUAUGAAAAAAAUGUUCUGCCUCCACAUUUCUUUUUAAAGUAUUCUUGGAUGUUAAAUGAUAGGCUUGUUAUGUGAACGUACUUACAUACUGUAUAUUGUAUAUAUGGUGUCCAUGUCUAAGGAACCUGCUUCAAGGGACAUCAAUUUAGAAAACAAAUUGAUAAGAACUAAAGCCAAUUUCAUAUUGCUUUUAUUUUUAUUAUUUCUUUUUUCGGUUGGCUACGUUCUGACAAAGCCAUUCUUAGUAGAUAUUGAAAUAUAUUCUUUUAUUAAGGGGUAGAUGACAGAAAGUCCUCUCCCUAUACUGAGAUGACGUUGUUGCAAAUGAAUUAUUGUGUUCUACUGUUUCUCCGACAUGAACAAAGAUUGAAUGAUCAAUUCUGAAAGAUGUCUGAAGCACAAAACCUUAUUACUGUUUGCCAUUUCAGAUUGCAUUUCGGGGUACCAUUUCAUUAGUAACAUUUUUGCUCUUACUAAAGCUUGUUUACUAAUAAUAAUUUUGUGACAUUAUCUAAGGUAGCUCAACAUCUCAGCUCGUAUUAGAAAUAACUUAUUUUGAAUGUCUGCAUCCGUUUAGCCAAAUAACUAUUCUGUACAUUGAAAAGUAUUGUACAAUGUAUACAACUAUACAAGUUUUCCUUUCAUUUUAUUUUAAUCAAUGUUUCACGUGCCUUUAUUUCAUUGUACAUUGCCAUAUCUCAUAGGUCUGCAUUUUGAUUAAUAGAUGAUUGCAAAAUAUAAAAACAAGUUUUUAUUUAAAAAGAAAAAAGAAAAAAAUUGUUUCUGUUACAUUUUCUCCAUCAUUAGACAAUGCAGGUACCCUUAGUUUAUUUUAUUGGUAAAUGAUCACAAAUAACUUGGUAUACUGUAUUUGCCUUAAAUGAAAUGCUUAAGAGCUUGAAAUUUACUAGUUUUAAUUUAAUUUAUUUAAUAAAAUUUUGUGCACAUAACUGCGCAAUUCUAUGGAUCAUAUAUAAGAUAAUAUAUGGAAUAUUUUUUUCUGAAAGACGUAAUAAAACACAAAUAU